GGUUGACGUGUAAAUUAUUCGAAAUCAUGAAGGAAGUCCUGUUAUCGAAUUGCGAAAGGAAUUUCGUGAACAAGGCAGUGGAACAGGGAAUACGAUUAGACGGUCGAAAUUUGCUGGAAGCAAGGCCUGUAAACAUUUACUUCGGUUCUAACUGGGGCAGCUGCGUGGUUCUACUCGGUCAGACUAGAGUCGUGGCGCAAGUAACAUGCGACAUUCAACAACCAAAAACCUCUCGUCCAAACGAAGGAAUGGUGCGAAUAAACGUCGAACUGAAUCCCCUAGCCGCGCAGCACUUCGACAGUGGGAAACAACAACCUGAGUUCUCUGUACUAAUUAGUAGACAACUUGAAAAAUGCUUCCAAGAUUCCAAAUGUAUAGAUUUAGAAUCUUUGUGUAUCAUAGCUGACAAAAAGGUGUGGAAUUUAAGAGUGGACAUUAAUAUCAUUAAUCACGAUGGGAAUUUGAUCGACUGUGCGUCGAUCGCGACCCUGGCUGCCCUCUCGCAUUUCCACAGGCCUGACGUGACUUCAAACGGCGAAGAUAUUAUAAUUCAUCCAUUUUCAGAGAAGGAUCCUUUGCCUCUGACGUUGUACCAUUACCCAGUCUGCGUUUCUUUCAUAACGUUUGAAAGUGGGAACACGAUUAUGGACCCGACGUAUUUAGAGGAGAGAGUCGGAGUAGCUCAGCUGACUCUUGGAAUAAAUUCCGGCGACAGCGAGGAGGAGGCGACCGAAACGUUGCAGGUGAAAGAUUUGCUACAAUGA